AUGACUAGCUCAACAAGUGAGACCCCAACACCACAUACAUUCCAAUACGAAAACUCUUUACCAAACUUACCGCUACCUGAAUUGGAUGCUACUUUGGAAAGUUUGAAGAAAAGUCUAGAACCAUUAUAUUAUGCGGAUGGGUACUAUAAACAUCCAUUAGAUCCGAUUCAAAUUGAACAAUUGACUUCCUCUUUAAAUGCAUUCGUUUCAUCUGAUGCAGCUUCCAAAUUACAAUCAAAAUUGAAAUCAUAUUAUGAAAAUAAUGAUUGUUAUUUAGAUAAGUUGCAUCUAGAUAUUAAUAAUCAUACCUCCACCACAGAAAUCAAUGACGAUAUCUUACCAAGAAAUCCAUUCUUAGUUCUAGCAGAUGAUGCUAUACCUGAUAUCUCACAAGCAGAUAGAUCUGCUGUAUUGGUUCAUUCUGCUUUACGAUUCAUUUCCGCUUUGAAACAAAACGUACUAUCACCUGAUUUUAACUCAAGAAAUGGGAACCCUCUAUCCAUGGCUCCUUAUAAUAAUCUAUUCGGUACCACUAGAUGCCCCGUUUUCCAACAAGGUGAAGUGGAAAAUUUCGAUCUAAAUAAACCUUAUACUGCCUCAGAUCUUGAAGAAGAAGAAGAAGAAGAAGAAGACGAUGAUGAUGAUGAUAAAGAAUCAUCCUCAGAUGAUAAUGAUGCUAAACCUUCGUUAAGUAAAAGCUCAAACUCCACCACAGAAACAGAAGGAGAGGAAGAUGAAAAUGAUAUAUUUAGCCGCCAUGGUAUUACAAUUGAACGCGAUACAGAAUCAAAACAUAUCCUUAUCAUAUCUAAGGGCCAAUAUUACAUAGUCACAGUGUUGGAUCAUGAAAAUAAAAAUAUUUAUUCCACUAAACAAUUAACAAAACUGUUCAACCAUAUCUUAUUUGACUCUCAUGAAUCAUACUCAUUCAAGAAAUCUACCGCAUUGGGCAGUUUGACUUCUCAUUCAUUUAGAAAUUGGAAAUAUGCUAGAAAGAGAUUACAAAAAAGAUAUCCUCAAGAAUUAGCAUUAAUCGAUUCUGCACUUUUCGUACUCGUCCUCGAUGAAUCCGUAGCUGUCAAAGAUGAAGAUGAUAACAAGAGAUUAUUUUAUGGGACAUCCAUAAUCAAUGAAAGAGGUCAUCAAGUAGGUUCAUGUGUCUCAAGAUGGUAUGACAAAUUACAAUUAGUCGUCACUGCUGAUUCUAAAGCUGCUAUCAUUUGGGAUUCAUUUACUUGUGAUGGAUCUGUAGUCCUUAGAUUCAUUUCAGAAACUUAUACAGAAUCCGUUCUAAGAUUAGCAAGAGAAGUUAACGCUGGUGAUCCACAAUUUUCAUUAUGGUCGGCUUUAAAAUCUUCAGAAGUAGCUAUGGAAGCAAGUAAAUUUGAUCCGAUCAAUAUCGUACAAAAGAUCGAUUGGUCAUUUAGUAAUAUCUUGAAUACUCAUGUUCAUUUAUCUGAAACAAAAUUAGCUGAUUUAAUAUCGAAAUAUGACAUUGUACAUUCUUCCAUCCCAAUUGGUCGUAGAUCUGCUCAAAGAUUAGGUAUUAAACCAGAUUCAAUGGUUCAAAUUGCAUUACAAGUGGCUCAUUACGCUCUGUAUGGGAAGAUGGUAUUCGGAUUUGAACCAAUUUCAACAAGAGCUUUCAAAAAUUCAAGAUCAACUUUUGUUAAUAUACAAAAUCAAGAUUUAUUAGAAUUAUGUCAAAUGUUUAUUUCCACAUCAACUGAUAAUCAAACAAAAUUGGAAAAAUUCAUUCAAACUUGUCAAAAACAUAAUGAAAAUAUUAAAUUAGCAAAAAAGGGUCAUACUUUUGAAAAACAUUUUAAUGCUUUGAAAUAUCUUUAUAAAUUCCAUAACCAUUUUGGUAUAGAAUUUACUGAAGAAGAUAAAAAAUUAGCUAAUGACGUUUUCGAAAACCCAUUAAUUGCUCCAUUUUCACAACCUGAAUUAAUUAUUGCUAAUUGUGGGAAUGCAGCCACGAUAACUUUUGGUAUUACCCCCGCUGUUCCACAAGGGUUUGGUGUUGGUUACAUAAUUAAAGAUGAUCAAUGUGAUUUAACUAUCACAUCUCAAUUUAGACAAGGUAAAAGAUUAAUCUAUAUGUUACGUUAUGUCUUAAAUGAAUUCAAAUCAUACUGGAGAUUAAUUCGUGAAACUUCAAGAAAUAAAAAUGGUAUUAAGAUAUCUCCCUCUGUGGAUAGAUUAUAUAAAUUGGAUAAUGCUCUAAAUGGUACUCCCUUAUCAUCACAUACCCCAGUUAAUAAACGUUCCAGUAGAAACUUACCAAAUACAGCAUUCUUUGAUUUAGAUCCUCAUAUGGGUGGUGGUGGUGGUGGUAACGGUAGUAAUAGUGGAAGCAGAAGUGUCUCUUCAACCCCAUCCUUAAGUAAUAUUGCGUCAAGGUUAGCUGAAAUUACUAAAGCAAAUGAUCCAAAUGGUACUCAUUCAAGUGAAGCAUUAUCUGUCCCAACAGUUAAGGAGAAAUUAAAUAUUGGUCAUCAAAUUUUCCAAAUUCACCCUCAUCAUUCAUUAGAUGAUUCCUCAGAGGGAGAAUUCUCUUCCUCUACCCCUUCAAUUUCAAGAUCUCCUUCUGUAGCAAGUUCAAGACCAGAAUCAAGAAAACAAAACGUUAUAAAUUCCAAAUUCGAUAUUGAUUUUGAUCGUGGUCGUGUUGGUAGAAAAGUAGCUACUUUUGAAUAA